AUGAGCGGUACUGCACCGACAAGAGGAAAGUCUCGUCGCUUAGAUACCGGAAUGCGUUCUGCAAUCAUUUCUGCACCGAGAUACCCACAGCCAUGCGGUGUCCGUCCACCGCAUCCACCGCGUCCCACGUCGUUCCAAACUCCUAGACCGGUUCUAAUCAGACCACCUGUCUGUGAAUCUGUUGCUCCACAAGCCAAGCCGGUUACACGAGAUGUGAAAAAUUUGGUCACGUCGGACGAUACUACAAUUCCUGUUGGUCGGGGAAGUAUACGCGGUCGUAGAGUUCCUGAAAUGGACAAUUUCGAAGCACCUCGCCCCGAAUCUUCUUUGGCUCCGACAGGAAAAAAAGGUUUCUCCGGAACUGAAUUAAAGUUGUUAGCAAAUUAUUUCCCGUUAACGGCUAUUGCAACCAAUAAAGGAUUAACGCAAUGGGAAGUAUAUCAAUAUCGAGUCGAUUUCGAUCCUGAGGAAGACCGCAUUGCAGUCAAAAGAAGUUUAUUGGCUCAACACCGACAAAUUUUUGGCGGUUAUUUGUUCGAUGGGACUAUGUUGUUUACAAGCUCUAGGCUGAACCCCGAAUCCUUUGAACUAACAUCGCAAACCCGAAAUGACAAUAAAAUGGUCACAAUAAAAGUAAAAUUCACUAAUCUCUUGAAAUCUGGUGAUUAUGCUUACAUGCAAAUAUUCAACUUACUUUUGCGUAAUUGCAUCCGGCAUCUUGGCUUAAAACUUAUCUCCAGAAACUUUUACGACCCGGAAGCCAAGAUUGACAUUCCAGCACAUAAGCUCCAACUUUGGCCUGGAUAUCAAACAUCCAUUGCCAAGUAUGAGAACGAUAGCAUAUUAAUGUGUGCGGAGAUAUCAACCAAAGUAAUGCGUCAAGAGACAGUCUUGGACUUUUUUCUUCAUUGUGCCGCGGAACGAUAUAAGGAUCCAGAUUGGAUGAACACUUUUAAAAACGGAGUUAUUGGAACAACUGUCAUGACAGCUUACAACAACGAGAGUUAUAUUAUUGAUGAUAUUGAUGAAACUUCGGAUCCAUCAUCGACGUUUCCCAGAAAAGAUGGCACAAUAAUGUCAUAUUACCAAUACUACAAAGAGAAAUGGAAUGUACAAAUACGCGGUGGCAAGCAACCCAUGCUUGUAUCAAAAAACAAAAAAAAAUCUGUACGACUAUUUGGAGAAGAAGAAUGUUUGGUGUAUUUGGUUCCUGAACUAUGUGUCAUGACUGGAUUAACCACUCAGAUGAGAAAUAAUUUCAAUCUUAUGAAGGAAAUGGCCUCAUACACGCGUAUAAACCCAGAUGAAAGGGUUAGGCGGCUUCAAAAUUUCGUUAAACGUGUUUUGUCAUCAAAUAACUCUGUUGAAGAGUUCAAGAAAUGGAACUUGAAAUUAAGUAAUAAUCUUGUUGAAGUCACCGGGCGCGUUUUGAAUUUCGAACCGAUUUAUAGUAAUUCAAAGAACUAUAGUGGCGGAGAGGAGGCCGAUUGGACGAAACAUUUACGCAUGUUACCCAUGUACAUGUGUGCAGUGGUUAAGUGUUGGGUCGUUGUGGCUCCUGUACAAAACAUACAAGAAGUGAACAAUUUCGUCAAAAGUCUAGAAAGGGCGGCUAAGCAGAUGUACUUUACCUUACCGCAGCCCGUUAUGGUACCUCUGCAAGAUGUUCGACCAGAUACCAUUAUAUGUAGUUUGGAACAAGUAAUAAAUCAAAGAAAUCCACUUAUCAUACUUUGCGUUAUUCCACCCAGAGGACAGCUGUACGCUGUCAUUAAACGAAAAUUGUGUGUUGACCGGGCAGUGCCAUCUCAAGUGGUACUUCUAAAAAAUGUACAAAAAAAUAAUUUGUCUGUUGCUACGAAAAUUGCUAUACAACUAAACUGCAAAUUAGGAGGUGCUCCGUGGCUCGUCAAAAUUCCCAAAAAAGGUAUGAUGAUAGUUGGGUAUGAUGUUUACCAUACUCAAAAGGGAAAGAAAAAGAUAUCAUUUGGAGCUUUGAUUGCCACAAUGGGCGAUACCCACACUAAUAUAUUUAGCUGUGUCGAGCCCCACGAAGUGGGCGAAGAGUUGUCCAAUCAUUUUGCAGCUACUAUAAGCAAGGCCUUAUUAACGUAUAAGUCAAUAAAUGGAUGUUUGCCAUCAUGUAUAGUUGUAUUCAGAGACGGGGUGGGCGAAGGGCAGAUUCAAUAUGUUCAAAAAAUCGAAAUUAGACUGUUUAAAGCCGCUAUUAAAGAAUUCUACGGCGACGCCGGAGUUCCAAUGACGUUUGUCAUAGUUACCAAACGAAUUAGCGCCAGGUUUUUCACCAAACAUAACAUACGUAAUCCACCAGCUGGUACAGUUGUGGAUACUGUUGUUACCGACCCCACAAAAUACGAUUUCUACUUAGUGUCACAACAUUCAAGACAAGGUACAGUGUCGCCAACACACUACCAGAUUAUUGAAGAUACCUUAAAUCUUCCACCUGAUCAUAUGCAAAAACUUACAUUCAAGUUGUGUCAUAUGUACUUUAAUUGGUCGGGCACCAUUCGUGUACCAGCCCCGUGUUUAUUAGCCCAUAAAUUGGCAUAUUUUGCUGGUCAAACUUUAGGAGGACCACCUAACACUGGUUUGGAUCGACUCCCGUACUUUUUGUAAUCUUACAUAUUUUUAUACUACCUGUAUUGUACCCUAUAGGUAUAUAAUUUUCUUUUUCGUUGUU